CAAAAACACUGUAGUAGAUUUAAGCCAUGCAUACACCUCUGAGGUCUCGAACGUCCACUCUGACACUCCUUAUAAAGUCAGGAAACCUUCACAGGACACCUUCUCCUGUCAUAGUCCACUCCAGCUCCGGGCUGUCAACUAGCUCUCUUUAGCCACACACAUCCCGUUCGAUUGGGAAGGAGCAUUCGGAGACAACCCUUUGGAGGACUUUUUGUCAUUGGUUUGUUUUGGCGUAGCUGAUCUUAUUUUAACAUCAUGGCGCUGCGACAGAGCUCCGAAAUAGAACCUCUCAUCGAGCUGUUCAUCAAGGCGGGACAUGACGGGGAGAAUGUGGGGAACUGUCCAUUCUGCCAAAGACUCUUCAUGGUUCUGUGGCUGAAAGGAGUCAAGUUCACAGUGACCACAGUCGAUAUGAGGAAGAAACCAGCAGAGCUCAAGGAUCUGGCUCCUGGAACCAACCCCCCUUUCCUCCUGUAUAAUGGCACGCUCCAAACGGACUUCAUUAAGAUCGAGGAGUUUCUAGAACAAACAUUGGCCCCACCCAGGUACCCUCACCUGAGCCCUCUCAACAAAGAAUCCUUUGAUGUCGGUGCUGAUAUUUUUGCAAAGUUCUCUGCUUACAUCAAGAACAGUCCAAAUAAUGCCUUCCAUGAAAAAAAUCUUCUACGGGAGUUCAAGCGUCUGGAUGACUACCUGAUAUCCCCGCUUCCUCAAGAGAUCGACCACAACUCCAGACAAAAUAUCGUCAUUUCCAAGAGGAAGUUCAUUGAUGGAAAUCACCUCACUCUGGCGGACUGCAACCUGCUGCCCAGACUGCAUGUGAUCAAGAUCGCUGCCAAGAAGUAUUGCAACUUUGACAUCCCAGCCCAGUUCGUAGGCGUGUGGCAGUACCUUCAGAACGCCUCAGAAAGAGAGGAAUUCAGCCAGACUUGUCCGGCCGACAUUGAAAUCGAGAAGGCCUACUUCAGUGUGGCCAACAAUAGGAAAUAAAGUCCUUUGUUUUCCCUCAUCUAAAUAAUGUGUGUGGGGAUCCAUUGGCAGCAGUCCAAAGACACUAAGAAAAACUUACAAAAACUAUAUUUAAUUUGCGCCAGGAUUCUAGCUUACAACCCCAAAUGAUACCAUAGAAUGGAGAACUGAUCUGAUUAUAUUGCAUUUGUGUCUGUGUAAUAAUUCCCACAGAAAAGUAUGUAUGUAAUUGAAUGUUUAUCUAAUUUAGCAUUUAGCUCUUUGUGUCUAUAUUGUAAAUAAACAGAUAUAACAUAAUUAUUGUUGACAAUGACAAUUCUAGUGUAAUUCAAAUCAAAAACAGUUUGAUUACAGUUCCAUAGCAAUGAUUUUUAUAGUUAAAGUUCUACGAAUAAAUAUAUUUUGUAUGAAAUAA